UUUCAUUUUUUUUCCCCCCCCUUUUAGUACAUUCAAACAACCAAUUAUUCUUUGCAAAAACUAUAACUAAACACAACUUCAUAAUUCCAAAUAAAGUGAAAAAUAUCUGGUUUCUAUGGCCAAACGCCUACUAAGAUUAGGGAAGAAGAUAGAUGAGAGAGGAGAGAGAAACAUAAUUGGGGAAGAAGAACGUUAAAGAGGAGGAAGUUGUUACCAAUUGUUCAAUGCCUUCUCCAGAAAGUAGUUAUAGGAUCCCUUGCGCAAAGACAACCCUUGAACCUCAUUACCUCUAAUUUGAUCUUAUGUGUCCACGUGUUAUAAUUCUGUGCUUCAUCUACUCUUGUUUAUUUAGCUCAUUUUUGGGUUAACACUUGAGCUCAUUACAUUUUCGUCUUUGAUGGCUAAAACUGCAGGAGGUGGAUUUGGCAAAUAAAGACAGAAAAAUCGACCCUUCAUUUUCUGUAAUCUUGCGAAGCAGGAUCAGAACACAUACUUGAGCAUAACUCUUUAACGCUUCUGAUGUGAAUAUUGAGGGUUCCUUGUUGGAAUUUAUAAGUAUUUGGUAAGCUUGAAAGGAACUUUGUGAGUGAAGAGCUAUGGCUUCAUAUAAAUGUGCCAAGAAGUCUCAUAAAACCGCUACAGUUGAACAAGAAGUGUGUCGUAUUGCAAAAGAAAUUGAAGGCAAUGAUGAUCUUGUAACCAAGAUUCUACUCUUCCUCCCAGCAAGACCUCUGUUUAGGUUCAAACUUGUUUCCAAACGUUGGAUGUCCCUCAUUUCUGAUCCCUAUUUUUCUUCCCUUUGGAGCCCUGAACCCUCCCCAAUUGCACUGAUUCUACAGGUGUUGUCUCGUCCCAAAGACCCUUGUUGUAUUUCCCUCAAAGAUGAAGCAAUAACUGUGAUCCAUCGUGGAGUCAUUGAUUUUGUCAAAGACGAUCCCAGUGAUUGUGUCGAAAUUUUGAAUUCCUGUGGUGGUUUAAUUGUUUGUCACCGUCUGAAACAAAUAGUAGGUAAAGCGAAAUGGAUCAACGAGUACAUUGUCUGUAACCCAACUACAAAGCAAUUUACUACUCUUCCAAAACCAAUUAUGACUUCAUUUGACAUGACUUUGGCCUUUGAUCAUUCAAUAUCUCCUCAUUACAAAGUUAUUAAUGUUAGCCUUUUCCAUAUUGAGAUAUACUCUUCAGAGACAAACUCGUGGAAGCAAUGUCGAGCUCAGUUUCCAAAACCAUUUCAAAGCCCACACGUUUAUGGUCACGAUAGAAGGUUGAAACUCAAGGCUUGAGGGGAAUGAAAUCCAUCUUUGCUUUCAAAGUUUCUUAACAAAGGUUGUGGAAACAAUUUUUGAAAUGUGCGAAACCUCCAAUAUAUGCUUCAGCUGAAAGUUCCAAGCUCGAGUAACACAAGCCCUCUGACAAGAGGUAAAACAUUAUCAGAAGGAAACUAAAAGGAAAUGGUGAGUGUUAUCCGAAACUAUAUAUGCGACAUCUGUGCCUACAAGCGUAUUAUACAAAAUUUGAAAUACUUGCAGUAUUGACAACAUUCAAAUACCUCAUAUUUUUUAAUGAGGUGUCUGACUUGUAUUUGUAGUCCCAAUUCAAUUCCUCUGCUAUGCAGGAAUUUGCACAUAAUCCCCUUUCUAGCUGAUAGCUUAAUAUAGGUGACAACACAAACAGAAAAUUCUGUUACAUCAUAGAUAAGAUCAACUCUGAUCCCCGUUAUUCUAAUAAAACAAACAUGGAAUCACCAGGUAAUGAGUUUGUAAAUUGAUCUGCAAUGGUUAGAGAUAGGGUCUGCAAGUAUUACAAGGCUUGACACCACGCUGUUUGUGCUUUGAUUUUGCAACAUCAUAUCCUCUCCUUGAAAUUUUUGCCAAUAACAUCAUAGGAGAAGAUUAUAUUCUGCCUUGGCUGAUACCAUGAGCUGAGUUGCCCUUCUCCAUUGGUAUCAAUGACGCAAACUUUAUGAAGUUCAAAAUCACUUGCGUCUCCUACAAUGUCCCUACUAUUUACUAAGUAGGCGAGUUGUUACGGCAAUACAAUUUAGCACUGUUUAUAAUAGUAUACCACUACCUACUCAGAUGGCGAAGCAAGGGUUGGCACAGCAACAAACCAUAUGUGGGACUGAGAGCCAUGAAGUGGCUAAGUUGGAUAAGAUGCAGAUGCAUUUUGUAUUGGUAUAAGGUUUGCAAGACAGGGAAAACAUGAAUUCGUCAUUUAUGUUAGCCCAUAUAAUGAUUGAGACAAGCUCCGUGUAAUUUGUACCUUUUGCUGCCUCAUAGCAUAGCUUUGGGUUUCAUAAAUCUAUGGCUGAUCCUUCUCUUCUCACACAUUCAGGUGUCUCCUCAAUUUUUAUGGGUGCGUAUAUAUGUUAAUGAUGUAUUUGUUAUGGUAAAACCCACUUGCUGAAAUUCAUAUGCUGAAUAUAGGGCAUUUGCAAGAUUACAUUCACCUAGUGCAAGUAUAUGUUGGAAAUUGUGACAGUGUUGCUGAUGCAAAGGCUGCAGCUACGCCAGUCUAUGUUGCUCGGACUGUUCAAAGUGCUACCAGGUGUGUGUCGGAUCCUCCAAAAGUAGUGUGUUUACACGGGUGCUACAUCAUUUUUGGAAAGUUCGAGCAACAUAGGCGCCAAUGAAACAAAAGCACCGAAUUAAGCCCAUUCUGGACCUAAGCCAUCUUGGAAAUGUCUGCAGAAGUGCAAUGCAGGAUCUGCUGGCUUCAGUAACUAACGGUUCUGGCUAUCCUUCAUUUUCGCCUGUUCAUCCUUUGGAUGAUUUUUAAUAAUAGUGUCUUUGAGAUGUAAGUCUGCCAAUGGUUUCUGAAGGCCCAGUGGAGUAGCUUCUCUUAAUUGACCUCAUUUUGUGGUUUCUGAAGGUCCAGUGGAGUAGCUUCUCUUAAUUGACCUCAUUUUGGUUCAACGGGGAAACGGUAUGAAGAAAGAGAGACAGAGAGAGUUCAUAUA